CCUACUUUAGAAUUAUACAACGGUUGACAGUCAAAACAGUAGAGAUGAACCUGUAUAGCAGUGGAUUGCUAAUCUAACAAACCGGGAUAGCUGGUAGCAUCGAAGUACAAGCACAAAGCAUAAUAGUGUGUUGCAAUUCCUAGUUGAAAGUCUCAAUACGAAGAUGAGAUUGAUCUUUCUUAUUUGGCUUGCACUACUAGCACUAGUCAUUGCUGAACCUACUCCAGAUGAAGAAAAAUGCGAUAUAGAAACAACUCAUGAAAAAAUUAUUGAGGGCUUCGGUGGAGAAGAACUUCGAAAUAAGUUGGAAGAAAUCUUGACUCCAAUUUUGAUGAACAAUCCGAAUGCUGAAUUGAAAAUUUCGACUUUUAUCGACGACGAAUACAUCACCCAGCCAACUGAGAUUUUUCCUAUUCGGUCAAGUAAAACCGUCCCUAGCAAGACAUUGAGUGAAUCUACAACAAAGCAUCCUACCACACCACCUGAAAUCACAGAUAGAACUACUGACCCAACAGGAGAGACAAUGAAUCCUACUUCACCUGAUAACUGCAAUUUGAUCUAUGAGAAUAGCUGCCUCCAUGUAAUUGUUGUUAAUAAUGAAAUAAAUUUCGACAUGGCCACGCAGCAAUGCACAGCCAAUGGUAUGAAAUUGGGGAAUAUCUACGAUACUGCUCACUUCAAUUCGGUUGUAAACUACUUUCGUACGAACUUCUUGACUGGCAUUACAUAUAAUUACAUUGACAUUUGGACUGGAAUGACUAUCAAUAAUGUUAGCGGAAGAAAAAUUAUUCUCACAACCGGAAAAGAAAUUGGACUUCCACAUUGGCUUGAAAAUCCGUCCGCGGCUUCGACAUACAAAAAUAUAGCACUCCGAAUUAAUAAAAAUGCUGGAUCUACAAAUAGUGGCAUUUUCAACAAACCUCCAAGUGGAUUACUAAGCGGGGCGCUUUGUGAAAAGCCGAAAGAUCUUUUUUGAAAAACUUUGCUCGUGUUUAAACAUCAAUGCUGCUUACAGAAAAAUAGAUGUCAAUAGAUCUAUGUCUAGAUUUCUAUUGAAUAUUUUUUUAAAAUAAAUUUUAAUUUUUCUCGCUCAUUUUUUCUGAAAACUAUAUAAUUUAUUUGUUCAUUCUUAAUUUGCUAUCUAUAUUAAAGAUAAUAGUUUAUAUGUUAGUUCGUUAAAUUCUAUUUUAACACUAUAUUUAUUUCCUGGGUCAACGACACACAACUGACUGUUGAAUAAUAAUCAGCAAAACAUUUUAAUGUGAACGAUAUAAAGCAAUCAUACUUUAUAAUUUUUUGAAGUUUCGAUUCCGGGCCCUAUCUAUGUGAUAUGGGGAAGUAAAUAUCUUCUUCCUAAGACCCGUUAAUCUCGAAGAGAUAUCGAUAUUGAUUCAUUUCUAUUUUAUACGCGACAUACACACGCUUUCCGCUAUGUAAAAGUCCCUGUGCAAAAAGCUACAUAUAUCUCAAAAUAAAUGUUGUUUGGAAAGACCAGAAUGUUUCAGGAUACAAGACUUCCUACUUUCCUUUUAUAUGUUGGUGUAAAUUGAUCUACAUUUCGAUUUUUUUUUAUAUUUUGAUUAGUAUGUUAUUGUUAGACGGUUUUUAUUUAUGCCAAGAGGUGUUACAUGCUUGAAAGAGCACCAUGGUUUACAAUCGGGCCGUUGUUGAAAUUGGUUGACUGGUUGAAAUCCACCGCGCUAUUUUUUGGAUGCAUACCAUACCUGUGAAAGAAAUCUUUUUAUCUUAUACUUCAAAAUGUUUUGUUUGAAUUUUUUAAUGAAUUAAUAAAACUGAACAAAAACUGUA